AGCGAACGGGGCGACGACGGGCGUCAUGAGCACCGACGGUAACCACAACGCCAACCACGGGAACGGGACUGUCGCACCGCAGGCGACCACUACCCACGCCAUGGGUGUAAGCCAUGGCCCGCCGCUGGUCGCGACGGGGGAUUGGACCAAGGACCUCGUGCAGCUUGCGAAGACGGCCGAGCUCAAGAAACACGCCCUCACACUCCAGCUCCAGACGGCGCACAUCAUGUCCACGCACGACGCACUCGAUCAGAAGGACAAGGCGAUCCAGGACAUUAAAGAACAGAAAAACAAGCUGGACAGCGAGCGGACAAGACUUCUGAACUGUUUGGCUGAGAUUAACGCCGACCGCGACAAGGUGGACAUGCUGGAAGUUUCGAUCCAGCGCGAAUGCACCGAGCUGCGCCAGAAGAUCACGACGCUCGAAGAGGGCGAGUACAAGACCGCCAAGGCGGACGUGGAUCGGCUGCGCCAGGAGCUGGGCCAGCCGCCGCUCCCACCACUGCAGACGCUCUUGGACGAACGGUCUUCCCAGUAUCUCCAGGAGCGGCGCGUCAAUGGUGAGAAGAGGCCCGCGGAGGACGUUGUACCUCUCGAGGUAUCUGCAUCGUCGGCGUCCCACCCACAGGUGCCGGGCAAGCGUCCCCGCGGUCGUCCCAAGGGAAGCAAGAAUCGUGGAGGCAAGGCGGGCGCAAGCGUCGCGAGUGCCAGUGGGCUAGCAGCUUCUGCCGCGGGGACGGGGGCAUGAGCACGGGCGGUCCGUGGGGAUCCGCGCGCGCGCGCUCUCGAGACGCGAAAACGCCUCGGUUGAGAGCGUCGGCUCAGGCGCUGGGCGGGCGACGCUUCUCGCCUCUCGAUUUCAAGGCUUCUUUCUCAACAUCACCGACAUCACCUUCAUCAUCAUCGUCGCGAUUCCAAAAGCGCGUGCUCUUCUUUUCUUCGCGCGCAUCCUUCCAUCCAUCCAUCAAUGCAUCAGACGUCUGUGUACUGUACUGUGGCUUCGACCGUGCAGGUUUUCAAAGUUCCGGCGGUUGCAUCGGGGGAGGGAGAGAGGGAGGCCUCGACCGCGAUCGCGAUCGCGGGUUCUCGAUGACGGUGGGAUAGGCUGUAGGCUAUAGGCUAUGGAAAUAGUAUGCAUGUUAACUUAUUGGCUGUGGACAUUACGACGAGCCACGAGCGAGCGGUGGGUGCCGGGCGCGACCGAGAUGAGACGCGAGGGAUGGGCAAGCGUGGGUGAUCUGUGGAAGCUGUUUCGGGCGAUUAACGGGACGGGAUUUCACUAGUGGCGACCUUGUAGUAGCUAUAGCAUGCCGAUCCGUUGAGG